AACAGGGUCUUUACUGCCCAGGCUAGACUGAUGUGGCUAUUCACAGGUGUGAUCAUAGCCUUGAACUACUGGGCUCAAGUAAUCCUCCCGCCUCAGCCUCCUGUGUAGCUGGGACUACAGGCACAUGUCACAAUGCCCAGACUAUAUUUUCCUUUAAUUCUUUCAAUAUAUUCUAAAUAGCCAAUUUGAAGUCUUCAUUAAAUCCAACACUGAGCCCAGUCAGAGUCCAUUUUAUUGACUAUUUUUCCUGAUGAUGACUCACAUUUUCCCGGUAUUUCUUUUCUUUGCCAUGUCUAGCAGUUUGGGGUUGAAUAUGGAACCCUUAACAGUAACUCUAGAUUUAUUAUUUUUUUUUCAGAGUUUGAGUUUUUAAAUAAUUGGUCUAGACUUAAACUGCAGAAUCUGUUUCCCUCCAAGGUAUGCUGUCAGGACAUCUGUUUAAUAUUUUAAUUCUCCUCCCUGCCUCCGCGUCGCAGCCCCCGCCGUAGCCGCCUCCGAGCCCGCCGCCACAUCCUCUGAGCAGAAGAUGGCUGUGCCACCCACGUAUGCCGAUCUUGGCAAAUCUGCCAGGGAUGUCUUCACCAAGGGCUAUGGAUUUGGCUUAAUAAAGCUUGAUUUGAAAACAAAAUCUGAGAAUGGAUUGGAAUUUACAAGCUCAGGCUCAGCCAACACUGAGACCACCAAAGUGACGGGCAGUCUGGAAACCAAGUACAGAUGGACUGAGUACGGCCUGACGUUUACAGAGAAAUGGAAUACCGACAAUACACUAGGCACCGAGAUUACUGUGGAAGAUCAGCUUGCACGUGGACUGAAGCUGACCUUCGAUUCAUCCUUCUCACCUAACACUGGGAAAAAAAAUGCUAAAAUCAAGACAGGGUACAAGCGGGAGCACAUUAACCUGGGCUGCGACAUGGAUUUCGACAUUGCUGGGCCUUCCAUCCGGGGUGCUCUGGUGCUAGGUUACGAGGGCUGGCUGGCCGGCUACCAGAUGAAUUUUGAGACUGCAAAAUCCCGAGUGACCCAGAGCAACUUUGCAGUUGGCUACAAGACUGAUGAAUUCCAGCUUCACACUAAUGUGAAUGACGGGACAGAGUCUGGCGGCUCCAUUUACCAGAAAGUGAACAAGAAGUUGGAGACCGCUGUCAAUCUUGCCUGGACAGCAGGAAACAGUGACACGCGCUUCGGAAUAGCAGCCAAGUAUCAGAUUGACCCUGACGCCUGCUUCUCGGCUAAAGUGAACAACUCCAGCCUGAUAGGUUUAGGAUACACUCGGACUCUAAAGCCAGGUAUUAAACUGACACUGUCAGCUCUUCUGGAUGGCAAGAACGUCAAUGCUGGUGGCCACAAGCUUGGUCUAGGACUGGAAUUUCAAGCAUAAAUGAAUACUGUACAAUUGUUUAAUUUUAAACUAUUUUGCAGCAUAGCUACCUUCAGAAUUUAGUGUAUCUUUUAAUGUUGUAUGUCUGGGAUGCAAGUAUUGCUAAAUAUGUUAGCCCUCCAGGUUAAAGUUGAUUCAGCUUUAAGAUGUUACCCUUCCAGAGGUACAGAAGAAACCUAUUUCCAAAAAAGGUCCUUUCAGUGGUAGACUCGGGGAGAACUUGGUGGCCCCUUUGAGAUGCCAGGUUUCUUUUUUAUCUAGAAAUGGCUGCAAGUGGAAGCUGAUAAUAUGUAGGCACUUUGUAAAUUCAUAUUGAGUAAAUGAAUGAAAUUGUGAUUUCCUGAGAAUCGAACCUUGGUUUCCUAACCCUAAUUGAUGAGAGGCUCGCUGCUUCAUGGUGUGUACAAACUCACCUGAAUGGGACUUUUUUAGACAGAUCUUCAUGACCUGUUCCCACCCCAGUUCAUCAUCAUCUCUUUUACACCAAAAGGUCUGCAGGGUGUGGUAACUGUUUCUUUUGUGCCAUUUUGGGGUGGAGAAGGUGGAUGUGAUGAAGCCAGUAAUUCAGGACUUAUUCCUUCUUGUGUUGUGUUUUUUUUUUGCCCUUGCACCAGAGUAUGAAAUAGCUUCCAGGAGCUCCAGCUAUAAGCUUGGAAGUGUCUGUGUGAUUGUAAUCACAUGGUGAUAACACUCAGAAUCUAAAUUGGACUUCUGUUGUAUUCUCACCACUCAAUUUGUUUUUUAGCAGUUUAAUGGGUACAUUUUAGAGUCUUCCAUUUUGUUGGAAUUAGAUCCUCCCCUUCAAAUGCUGUAAUUAACACUUAAAAAAACUUGAAUAAAAUAUUGAAACCUCAAAAAAAAA